CUCUUGUCAUCACAUUCAUAUUAACACACAAUUUAUUUUGUUGCUCUGCAAAAUAAAUUUAAUAAUAAUGGACAUAACAGCAGCAAAGUCUCUAUCCCAUCCGAAGCUAACUGGCUGCUCAGCUUCUGUAUCACCAACCAUUCUUCAUUCUAAAACAUCUCUUCUUGUUCAUAAUUCAAUCUCAUUGCAAUCUUCAAACAUUAACCAGUUUUCGAAGCUACAUGGUUUAAGAAUUAAAGCAAAAAAGAACAGGAGCUUUGGUCCUAUUCAUGCUUCUAAAGCUGAAAGCACAGUCACUGAUGUUCAGGUUAGAUGGCUUCUUGAACCUGUUGGUGAUGGAGAUUCAAGGCACAUAGGAUAUAAGGUUAAAAUGCCAGACGCAUUUGAACUUGUCUCUAAUCAGGUAACUGUUGGCCGUCUUCCAGAGAAGGCAGAAAUGGUGAUUCCAGUCGCAACAGUAUCUGGUCUUCAUGCCCGUAUCCAGAAGAAGGGAGAAAAUCUUUUGGUAACGGAUUUAGACAGUACUAAUGGGACAUUCAUCAAUGAGAAACGACUGAGACCAGGAGUUGCUGCCACUGCAUCAUCUGGAAGUUUUAUUAUAUUUGGUGAUAUUCACCUGGCAGUGUUUCGUGCGACCAAGCUGGAGAAUGCAGAAGCUGCGACCGAAUCAGAAGAAUCUGAAGAUCAAGAAGAGACAAAUAGUAGCCCAGGUGAUGGAAAUGAAGACUGACUUCAAUUUGUGAUACAAACAUUAUACAUGCUAUUGAGUUUAUAAUAUUCGAUAUUAUUUUUCUAUUAAGUUUUGUAUUUACUGGGAAGUAAAAGUCUAAACGGGAAAUUAAUUUCCCGGAAGCUAGUAUAAUCUAAGUGAGCCCUGUAUUAUUUGCUUCAUUUUCUUGAUAAUACUAAUAAGAAAAACUCGAAAGCGUAGAUCAAUUGAUAA